GUGUGUAAACUAUUGAAAUAUAAUAAUACUUUAUUUAAAAUCUACCAAUCACAAUAUGCAUACAUGACCUUGAAGUGCUCAGCCUCUCUACAAAGGUCGUGUGUGACCUUACCCAUUGCCCACGCCUGGCCUCGUGAGUUGGGUGUUGGUAGUGUAAUGUCUUAUAUAAGCCUGUAAAAUGGAUACUAAAAGUGAAACCAUGGAUCGUCUUGGGCAUGCUGGUAUCAUGGGUAAAACACUCGACAAAGACGAGAUAUCUAAAAACAAGCAACAACGAUCAGAUGAAAUUUCAACUCUUAUGGGACACUAUCUACUCAAAGGAUGGAAAAUGUUGAGUGAAAUUUGUCCUAAAUGCGAGACGAUUCUUUUCCAGAAGCCAAGCGGCCAGUAUUACUGCGUUGCUUGCAUGGAGAUUGACAGUGAUACUGUCAGCGCUAAAAAGCAGCCUAUCGCCAGCAACAAAUCAUCAGAAAUGUUUGAAGAUCUCUCAUCAGAACUAUCGUCUCCUGAUAAAGAUAACGUUAGAGUUUCAGCGCUCUCGAAAACAAUCAAAAGAGCACCAAAGCAAUGUAAUGAAAUCCAAGCAGGACUGCCCACGAACAACAGGAAACACAAACAUAGAAGUAUGGUGAUUGCUCUACAAGAAAAAGUAAUUUGGUGUAUGUCACGGUUAACAGAAGCUACCUCACCUACCGAAAUUUGCCAGUGGUGUGACACACUUAUGUCUUUGUACAGCUUAUGGGACGAAGUGGCUAAAAGCAGUUUGCUAAAACAUUGAUUUAUAAUAGCAGCUUCCUAAGAAAAUAUAAAUUUUUAAAAUGAAAAUUUUUACUUUGUUGAAAUUCCCAACAACCAGGGUUUUUCUGACUACUGUUGGUAUUAUUUGAAUACUCUAUAGGAAGUCUAUUCACAAUAUUUUCUAGGUGAUAGUUUAUUUAAUUCGAUGUGAAAGAGUAUCUUAUACGUCAUUCAUAUCAUAUAUGUGAUAUCCCGUCAUAAGGCAUAAGUAGUACACAGCACUUCGUCUCGUCUUUAUUUAUGGCCAUGAGAAAUGGCUUGCUCUUUGGUAAAAGACCUAUUUUAAAGAUAUAGGCGCUCCAAACGA